AGCCGCAAGUCUUAAAGCUUAUAAACAACAAUCGCUAUUUGUUGGGUAUAAUUUUAAAUAAUUAUUACAUACGUGUAUGUAUCAUCAGCGCACGGUGAUUAGUUUUCAAAUAACUCAAUCUUUGAACGUUCCUAAGGUUUCGCAUUCAUUUCACGCUUAUCAUCGGUCACGCACAAGUAACAAGCCCUUAUAUGACAAUCCCAUAUGUGUACACAUGUGAUGGAAAUACCGAUAUAAACCGAAACGCACUAUAGAAUUUAUAGGGAAUUUCCCUAGCUAAAAAUAGACACAGCACAACGAAGAAUUGUGGAUCCGACAUCAGUGUUAUUGAUAGGCUGACGUGGUUUUAACUUAAAUAAAGAGAAUACAUAUCAAGGUACAUAAUGAGUAUGGAAGGCAAUGCAAACAUAAGUGGAGCAGAGCUCACGUUGAGCUUGGAGCAGGAACGAGACUCAUACAAAGAAAAGGUAGACCAUAUGAAAAUGCUGGUGAGACAAUAUAGCCAGGAAUUACAGUCACUUAAGAUCAGGAAGGAAGGAGUAGAAACUGUUUCCAAACUUUUACAAGAAGCCAGACAAGAAAUCGCAUCAUUGCAAAAGAAAUGUAAGACACAGGACACUGCUAUCAGAAAUCUACAAAGUCGGUUAACGUCGAACGGAUUUUCUGGUGGUAUUACUAUGGAGGAAGGAGAUAUCUUUAUGCCCGGAACGUCUAACCAACUUCUGGAUAAUUUAACCAGGGAAAAUACCCGACUACGAACCCUACUUCGGGGCGCCUCUAUCAAUCCGGAAGAGCUGAACAAUUUACAUCAGGUGUUGAAGAAGAAAGAGGAAACAAUAGGCAAUCAGACUAGACAAUGCGAGGAACUACAGAUACGUUUUAAUGAACUAGAACAACUAAUGGGUUCAUCGGAAAAUGUGAAAGAUCAAACCAUCUCAACGUUGCAGACAACAGUCCAUAAAAUGAAAGAAGAGUUCCAAACACGUGACGUUUUAUGUCAUUCUCUCGCGGAGGAGACCACCAAUCUGCGGCAGCAACUUCAUGACGUUGCUGUCACGUGUCAGCAAAUGGCGUUGAGAUUGGAGCGAAACGAAAAAGCUUCCCGCGCUCUGGAACCUAAACUGACAACUUCGAAUAAGAUGAACGAAAGCAGCAAUGAAGCGAAAGAAAAACUGGUCCAAGAUAACCGAAUACUGCAAGAAAAAGUUGAUGAGGUUGUUACGAUGAACAAGAGAUGGCAGGAAUACGAAACUCAAAGAGAACAACAUGUUAAGUAUCAGGAGGCGGCCAUUCAGACGCUGCAGGGUCAGUUAGCUGCCGCCCAGGCCAAUCAGUUGUCCUUUGGGAGGUCUAAGAUGAUCAACCAAGCCCUCGACGAGGCCAAAAGACGUCUAGCUUAUGCAGAGGAAGAAAAGCGAAGACUUGAACAGGAGCUAAUGGAACGGAACCAAACUUUGAUUGAGCAGACGACAGAGGUUGAACGUUUAAAGAACGAACUUGACCUUGCCCACCAGGGCAGUGGUACCAUUCUCCGAAGUGACGUAGAAAUCAUCGAUGCAUUGAAGGCACAAAUCCAAAUAUGUACGGAAGAUUUUGAGUCGGAAAGGCGCGACAGAGAAAAGGCCCAGAGCAAAGUUUCAACCCUGGAGGCAGAGCUUCAAAAAGUCAGAAUGGAGAGAGAUCGGCAUUUGCAAGCAACUACUCAACGUGGUGAACCCCAGUAUAAUGCUCCUUACUACCCGAACCAAGACUUCUACAACAAUUUUGACGUGCCAAACAAUUACCAGAAUGUUCCUCAUUACCAGAAUGAAUUAGCGACACGAGGACCACAGAGACGACACGACCACAUCGAGGACAACGUGACCGAUGGUGCCGUCCAGAUGGAUGCACCGCCAUCAUGCGCCGAGAAGAAAGACGCGGAAUCUGUAAGCGCCAUCGAUUCAACUUAUAAAAGUGGUAUGACCGACCUAGAGGACGCGCCGCUGUUGUCGACCGACAGAGAUACCUUCCUAGAUGACAUUGAAGAAACAACGUGUAUUGACGGUAUUGACGUCACUGACGUCACUGAUCGUGCAUCCCCAAGGUGUUCACCUAGAUCUUCACAAAGAGAAUUAUUAACUUGUCCAAAGUGUCGAAAGGAAUUUACAAGUGAUAAGCACGGAGAAUUGCUCGAACAUAUAGAGUUAUGCUGUGAUUAGUGUAGUUGAAAUUGCAUCAUACAAACAACAACUGGCGAUAAUAUUAAUUACUACAAGUUGACACUAAACCGUGUUGACUGUAUCUUGCAAUUUCAACUUACACAUUCUCCUAGCGAAUCCCACAACCGACCCCAGGAUGUGAAAGAUUCGAGGAAAGGAUCCAACCCGGAGAUCCUCCCAGAACUGCCCCGAAAUGGUAGGUUCCGGAAAUCGCAUCAAGACUGCACUCCCAGCAUUCACAGUCUGACCACAAACCGGAGAAUAUGGAAAGAAGAAGGAAAGGGAAUGACGGAACACAUGAAUAGGAAAGUUGGUAAAAGAAAUAACAGUCCAUUCAUAGGCAUAGUUUGAUACUUAGCCUGAUACUAAGCGAGAGUCAAAUGGUUAGGUAUUUCAAAACAGGACGGUUGUGGUUUUAACAAGUGAGAGUCACAAAUGAGAUAACUGUAUGUUUGCAACAAGGAAGAUUUGAUUACAAGAUACCGGAAAUCAGGAAGAGGAAGAGCACGCUAUUACAAUAAGCGCUUUUAUUGGUUGGAGCAACGUCGUCUGUAACACGAAAAACUUUUAUGAGGAAAUCCGUCCAGAAAGUAAGGGGAAGGAUGUUUAGAAAUACCCUCAACUUUCGUUCAGACGAUCAACACUCUCGUGUACUUGAAAUAAACAAUGCAUCUUCGUCAUGUUGCCAAAUGCAUGUCCAUAAUGAUACAUAAGUUUACUGUCGUAUCCUUGAUUUUUCGUUUAUCGACCGACCCAUACACAUUAAAUAUAGUUGAUAUCUCGUAUUAGCGGAUGCAGAUGCGAAAUACGAUCAUUAAACCAGCUACACGGAUGUAGCAUCAUUAACGAUAAUCAUGCAUCCGUAUAUAAUGACUGGGCGUGGAGAUAUACUGGAAUGAACAAUUGACAAUAGUAGAUCAGUUUUAGAGGUCGACCAGUGGUUUUGAUUACCUAAUAUGAUAACAUAUUGGGUCCACUGUAUAGAGAAUUACAUUGUACCUAGUGUGCUGUAUCUACACAUUCCCCCCACAAAUUAUAUUUAGCUCUGAUGUGACGUUCACACUUGAUUACUAUAUAAACAAUGACUUUUAUUAUAUAAACAAUGACUAUUAUUAUAUUAAAAAUGACAAUGCAUACAUGUUUUACCGGUUGUGCCAAUAUUAGUAUUUAAGCUGAUUUCAUGAACUGUUGAAACAGAUAUAACAUGUAUCGAUACUAGCCAUUACAAAUUUUGUGACAUGAAGUUCCAUCUUGCGGGACAGGAUGACUUUUUGUCACGCCCAUGUAAUAUUUUUGUUUAUAAUCGUUUGUCAAUGUUUGUUGUUUAUUUCCAUUCUUUGUUACUAUUAAAUCUGUUGCCAAUAUGUAAUCCCUGUCAUUGUGUUAUUUGGAUACAAUUGUUGCUUUAUUUGAAUUACGCUAUUAUCUUCUUGUAUAUUUUAUUAUGUUAUAUUUAAAGUAGUUAACUUUGGCUUUAUGUAGAAACAUUAAAUCAUUUAAUUUUAUCUAGUUAUAACAGCUUUGAUGCAGUUACAUUAUAUUUGAUAUGAUUAUAAACGGUUUACAGAAAUUGCAUUUGAUUUAAUAUUAUAGUUCUAAAGUUUUGUUAAAUUAUCAUUAAUCUAGAUAAUAUUUAAUUAAAUUUGACGUGAAUUUUUUAAUCUCAUAAUACUGUACAUAUAAUUUAUCUUCAUUCAGAAAAGAUCUAGUUAUUGUGAUUGUAUAUUUGCCUCUUCUGAGCAAUGAAUUUCAAAAUACAUUGCUAGUUUAGAUUUUCCAGUUUUAAGAACUAGGUUCGGAGUUAAGCAUUGUGUGGAAGAUAUCAUCGUGCGUUUGAAAAUAAUAUAAGCUCCAAACUAUAGCAUCGAGUGGAGCGAGUUUCCAGAUAAUAUAAGCGUGGAUUACGAAUGAUCACUGAAUACAAUUAUCGUGUGACUUGCUAUAAUGGGUUGUGAAUAUCGAGGAUGACAAUGACUGGUUAAGACCAUUGUCUCGUUACGUAAUUGACAUUUUACACUUUUAUUUGACGAAAUAUCAAUGCAAGAAUACGUUGUUAUUCUGACCCAACUCGGCAAUGGGAUGUACAAACUCAUUUUCUUUUUGCAUUAAAGCGAAAUGGUGUUUUAAACAAAGUGUAGGAUUUCUCAGGUUCUGCUUUAGUUCGUUAAAAAUGUGCUUUAGCUUGUCUAGAGUAGAAAACCCCAGUACAUUUGCUAGAAGCCAAUUGCAUUGUGUCAUGCCAAUCUCUUUUUUAUUCUUAUUUAUACCUGUAUAUAUUUAACAACCUCGUUUACUUUGUGAUGUACCCAUGUAAAUGUACAUAGUUUUAAAUGUUAUGCCGUCACGUGACCUCAGGUAGUCCUAUGUGUAAUACUGUUACCAAUAUGUUUUGUGCAAUUAAAGGAAAAAAAAGAAAAGUA